AUGUGCAGGCCGCACCUGCUCCAGCCUGGGCACAAUUGCCCUUUGAGGAGACAGGAAGCCGCUCUAGGAGCGGAGUUGGUGGUGGGGUUGACAGAAGCCAGAGUGCUGCCUGGGUGGUGGAAGCAGAAGACCCAGGUCGGGGCUGGAGGUGGCUUGCACAGCCCUUGGCAUCUGCGAGGCCACUUCCUGUUUAUCAUGGGAGCCCCGCGUGCCCCCGCGAGGACGGUGCUUUUCCGGCGCGAGAGGACCGGCCUGACCUACCGCGUGCCAGCGCUUCUGUCCAUACCGCCCCGGGCCAUACUGCUGGCCUUCGCGGAGCAACGGCACAGCCCCGACGACGCCCACGCGCACCGCCUGGUGCUGCGGCGCGGUGCACUGGCUGGGGGCGCCAUGCGGUGGGGUGCCCUGCGUGUGCUAGCAACAGCCGCCCUGGAGGAGCACCGUUCCAUGAACCCCUGUCCUGUGCUGGACGCGGGCUCGGGCACCAUCUUUCUCUUCUUCAUCGCGGUGCUGGGCCACACGCCCGAGGCCGUGCAGAUCGCCACUGGCAGGAAUGCGGCUCGCCUCUGCUGUGUGACCAGCCGAGAUUCAGGCCUCACCUGGGGCGGCCCGCGGGACCUCACUGAAGAGACUCUGGGAGCCCAGGUGCAGGACUGGGCCACCUUUGCUGUGGGCCCGGGCCACGGGGUCCAGCUGCGCUCAGGUCGCCUGCUGGUGCCUGCCUACACUUAUCGUGUGGACCGCCGGGAAUGCUUUGGCAAGGUCUGCUGGACCAGUUCCCACUCCUUUGCCAUCUACAGUGAUGACCAGGGCCGUACCUGGCACUGCGGGGGCCUGGUGCCCAACCUGCGUUCAGGCGAGUGCCAGCUGGCUGCAGUGGAUGGUGGCUUCCUCUACUGCAAUGCCCGGAGUCCCCUGGGCAGCCGUGUGCAGGCACUCAGCACUGAUGAGGGCACCUCCUUCUUGCCUGCAGAACUUGUGCCCACCCUGGCAGAGACUGCCCGGGGCUGCCAGGGCAGCAUCAUAGGUUUCCUAGCCCCUGCCCUCAGCAAGCAGGAGGGGCCAAACCCUCCCUGUCUCUGUCCUAGAGUCCAGGAUCCCAUCAAUAGGCCCUUCUGCCACCCACAGCCCUGGAAGGACAGCCAGGAGCAGCCUGGCCUAGAGCCUGGGCUUGGAGAUGGGGAGACCUAUACUCCAAUGCUCUCCUUGCCCUCUGUGGUCCCAGAACAGAGCUCCACAUGGCUGCUGUAUUCUCACCCAGUGGGGGAAAGAGCUCGGCUCCGCAUGGGCAUCUACCUGAGCCGGUCCCCCACGGACACCCACAGUUGGACAGAGCCCUGGGUGAUCUUUGAAGGCCCCAGUGGCUAUUCUGACCUGGCAACCCUUGGGUCUGGGCCAGGGGCAGCCCUGGCCUUUGCCUGUCUAUUUGAGAGUGGGGCCAGGGCUUCCUAUGAAGAUAUCUCCUUCUGCAUGUUCUCCUUGAGAGAGGUCCUGGAGAAUGUGUUGGGGGGCCCCAAGUUGCUCCAUCGUGAGGGCAAGCCCUGGGAGCACUGCCGGCCCUUCUGACAGGCCCUCUGCAGGCACCAAGGACAAAGGGUUUGAUUAGAUAGAGGUGAGGAGUAGAAGGCCACACGAUCCCAUGAUGGACAGAGCCCUGCACCAGUUUCUCCAUGGGUCACAGAGGUGAUCUCAGUGGGGGACCUGCUGCUCUAAGAUGUUCAGGAUGGAUUGCUCCUCAGGAAAGUGGGGAGGUUUGGACCUGGGGUGCUGCCCAAGUGGCUACCACAAUUCUAGGGCUGAGCAGUGGAACCUCAUGAGCCUAGGGUAUUCCCUCACCUGUGGCUAGUUUUCUCUUAACGUUUGAUCUCUGGCUACUUUUUGGCAUAUGAAUGACGAAUAAAGGGAUUGUGCCUGUGUCCAAGUAAACAUUUCUUUCCACAUCAAAGCUCAGGGAAGGUCCAGUGGUCCAGAGUGCUUCUCUAGCUUCUGCCCCAAGCCCCCCUCACCUUAACUACACUUCAUUCCCCAAUGCUUGGGGCAUGUGGCAGAGGUGAGGAUGGGAUGAGGGAAGGACAUGCGGCCUCUGUCCACUGCCUCCUUGGUGCCAGCCCUGUCCAUGUGGUAUUGGCUGAUGGGCAAGGUCUGCACAGCCUUUGAACUUCCACCUGCGGAGCGGUGGGGUCCAGGGCCCUGAAAGAGAGCUCCCUCAUCCUGCCUGGCUGUACCUCCCCAUCCUGUGGGGACAUAAGGAACUGGACAUGAAGACAGUGGCACUUCCCCACCCUGGAGAUGGUGUUGGCUGUGGGGCUAUGUCUUCUCCUUUUAAAGUUGUAGUUUCUGAUUAUAAAAUAAUAUCUAUAUUAUCAUUGCACAAAGCUUAGCAAGUGUGGAAAGCUAUAAGGAGAAAAGUUAAAAUGGUCCCUAGGGACCCUUCUUCCCUAGAGCUCCCCUUAGGCUUCAGGAUGUUCCCUACAUUCAGAUGUUCACCUGGCUUAGGUGUGCCUUGUGGAUCACACAUACCCUCAAUCAUUUCUUCACAAAUACCUGCCAUGUGACCUUUGUCCAGCUGUGAUCACGUGUGAUGGCUCCUUUGGGUGUCUCUGGGUUAUUCACCUCCCUAGGAUGCCUCUCACCAGGGUCUUUGUCCCCUCCAAGGAGAGCCAUUUUUCUGGAUCUGUAUCUUAUUCCAUCCAGGAUGCUCCAACAUA